CGUCGACUACUUCCGGUAAUUCCUUGGACACUUCUGCCUCCAGAGGCGAAUAUUCCACAUUGCACUGUCACGGAUUCCUUAGUAUUGACGUCAGCAAGACCCAAACCAACGGAUGAUAUGAAUCUCGUCUACAUUAAUUGCUGACAUAAAUCGAGCUCAAUCGAAUACAGUUCUUUUCUCGUAGCAGCACCAGUAUUAUGCUAAUCGACCGAAGAGGACGUUGUUUCAAAAUCAAAACACUGCUGCCCGAGGACUGACAAGCGGCUUGUAAGCUACAUUCCGAUGACAUUGGGGGUAUUAUUUUUCAAUUAUUUUUGACUGGGGCUUCUGAAUUUUGGGCUCCACGCAUCGAAUUGAAUUCAUUCAUUGAUAAAUGAUGCGCAGCUGACAGCAGGAGGACGUGCGCAUCAGUGGCAGGUCAAUUCCCAUCAAGGUCGGUCCUCCUCACUCUCCUGCUGCCUGCUCCACAUACCUUUGACUGGAUGAGCAAGUGCUUACAGUCGGCCAUGUCCCCCAUGCACACGCUCGGCUCGUCCAGUCAGGAAGAUCGACUGAUUCCAAGGUGGUCUUCUUUGUCAAAGUUGUCCUCUGGUUCUGAGCUCAGUGUAGCAAGGACAUUAAACAGUCCAAUAUCACAAGGUUCUCUUGACAGAAGUCUGAGACGUUACUGCAGCAAAGCAUCUCAUGGCUUAACGCCUGACCUGUAUUCAGUGCCUAACUUCCUCUGCAGCAGCCUGCAGCUUCAGUCACCCCGCCACUCAAGGUCAUGCAGGCAAGUGUCCUCAGCCCUGUCCUCACCUGUAAGGUUCACAGGCCCUACGUCCUUCAUAGAGUCCAGCCCAGGUAAAGGAUCUGCAGGGAAGUCACUAAGUCAACACCCAAAUGUGGAGUCCCCUAUCAAGCCUGCGACUCGGACUGAGAUGUGGCUGGUGGAGCAAAUGGAGCACAGCUCCAGAAUGAAGAGCGGAAUGGAAUUUGGCUGGAGCACUGAUGCUGGAACAAGAUCCUCUGGUGGAAUGCUGUGGAACAGACACGGCGAAAAGCCAGCUUUUACACAGAUGCUCACGGGCACCCCUCCAUCGAUGAACGUGUUGAAGAUCAGGGAAAGGCUGCUGAGAGAGCGAGAACUUGAAAUUAAUAGACAGAAACAGAAGAUCCUCCACCUCCACACACGGAUCAGAGAGAACGAGCUCAGCGCUCAGCAGGUUCUGCAGACUUUGAGCUCGAAGGACGUCUCGAGGGAAACACGCCUCUAUCGGCCUUCUGAUCUGCUUCUCUGUGACGAGGAAUCUGACAGGAAGCUGGCGCUGGCUGAACUGGAAGUUUUGCAGUUGAAUGAAUUGUGCGAACAAGUUACUGAGAAAUACACGGCUGAUGUCAAGAAGCUAGAGGAAAAGGUUCAGACACGGGAUCGAUACAUCAGCAGCAUGAGGAAGAAGUGCCAGAGGGAGAGUGAACAGAACCAAGAGAAGCAAAGGCGGAUUGAGACGUUGGAGAAAUACCUGGCUGAUCUGCCAACGCUGGAUGAAGUGCAGGUGGAGACAGUACAGCUGCAAGAAAUGCAACACAAAGCCACGGAUCUUGAAGUAACGGUGUCUCAGUUACAGAAGAGUCUCAAGGAGGGAGUUGCUCUGCUGAAGGAGAAAGAUGAGAAGAUUAAGCAACAGGCCAAGAGAGAGAAGGAGCUGAGAGCAUCAGUUCACAGGCUGCAGCAAAGAGUGCAGGAGUGUUUGGCAGAUGGGGUGAGGAUGCCCAUCAGUAGGAUGCAGCUGACCACGGACGAGCAAUGCGAGCUUCCGCCGUCUCAAUUCCGCUGUGAGAUGCCAGAGGUGGGGGAGCUUCUCAGUGAGAUGUCCCUGUGCUUGCUUGACCUCCGAGCCCUUUGUAGCAUUUUGACUCAGCGGGCUCAAGGCAAAGAGCUCAACCUCUCGCUGCUGCUGGGCAUGAAGUCACUGAAUGUUUCUUCUGAAGAGAGUGAAUGCAGAGAUGCUGUGGAGGAAGAAGUGAAUUUCAGGCUGCUGGAGGUGGACAAAUUGAGGAGGGACAUCAAUGAGCUGAGGAAGAGUGUGUCAGACUACGGUUGUCACUGAUGCCUAUUGUGGCGCACAACAUGUCACUGAUGCAAGGCAACUGCUUUUUCUCCAAAACAACAGCAAUAAGAGGAACCAUGUCCUUAUGCAACUCAUCCCGCUGCAUUCUUUCUUGGCUUGACUACAUUUAAAGACCUGUUUCACUGCUUCACAUGGGAUGUGUUGCUCAGCAUGUUGGUAAUAAAAGCCCUCUCCAAUGGAGUAGCUCCUGUUGUUUCCAAAAAAAUACCUGAUCAAUACCACAACUGCACCAAAAUCACUUUGGGAUUCUGGGUUUCACCUCACAAUUUGAUCAUUUAUCAGCAUGUACUGGUGCGUUAAGUCUAUAUUUCAGUGGAAGUUGCUCUUGUUUUUUCUCAUUUGACCUCGAAGCAUAUCGUU